AUGGCGCUCUCCUGCAUGAGGUGCCCCGCGGCCGCCGGCGCCGCCUCCGCCCGACGCGCCGCGGCGCAGCCGUUGGCCACGGCGGCCGCGGUCUCCUUCGCCAGAUGCGGCGGCUUCGGGAGGUCCGCCGCCGCCGCCGCCGCCGCGUGUUGGCGCAUCUAUGCCAUCGCCCCGCAUGGAGUGAAAGCUCCCAUGGACGCUGAUGUGAAGCAUGUUGUCACACCUCCUACCUCACCAAAGGUGGAAAAUGGCUCUCCUUCAGAAAUCACUCUGGAUGAUUUUGAAGACUUGAGCACUCUAUGCAAGAACGGCGAUUCUACUGUUAGCAUCACAGUAGUUGGAGCAUCUGGUGACCUUGCCAAGAAGAAGAUAUUUCCUGCCCUUUUUGCUCUCUACUAUGAAGAUUGCCUUCCCAAGCAUUUCACCAUCUUUGGCUACGCGCGGAGCAAGAUGACAGAUGCUGAACUGAGGAACAUGGUUAGCAAAACGCUGACUUGCAGAAUUGAUAAAAGGGAAAACUGCAGUGAGAAAAUGGAAGAGUUCCUCAAAAGAUGCUUCUAUCAUUCAGGCCAAUAUGAUUCAGAAGAGCAUUUCCUAGAUCUAGACAAGAAGCUAAAGCAACAUGAGGGUUCCAGAGUUUCUAACCGCCUUUUCUACUUGUCAAUACCUCCAAAUAUAUUCUUGGAUGUUGUAAAAUGUGCAAGCAAAUCAGCAUCUUCGGUGAAUGGUUGGACAAGAGUAAUUGUUGAGAAGCCCUUCGGCCGAGACUCAGAAUCCUCUGCUGCGUUAACAAGAGGUCUGAAGCAGUACCUUGUAGAGGACCAAAUUUUCAGGAUUGACCAUUACUUGGGAAAAGAACUGGUGGAGAAUUUGUCUGUCCUUCGCUUCUCGAAUCUCGUUUUUGAGCCGCUCUGGUCAAGACAAUAUAUAAGAAAUGUGCAACUUAUAUUCUCAGAAGACUUCGGUACUGAAGGACGUGGAGGAUACUUUGAUGGCUACGGCAUUAUUCGAGACAUAAUGCAGAAUCAUCUCCUUCAGAUACUUGCCUUAUUUGCAAUGGAAACUCCUAUUAGUUUGGAAGCAGAGGAUAUAAGAAAUGAGAAGGUUAAAGUUCUUCGAUCCAUGAAGCCGUUGCAGCUGGAAGAUGUGGUCAUAGGACAGUAUAAAAGCCACACAAAAGGUGGUACUGCAUAUCCUGGGUAUACUGAUGAUAAGACAGUGCCCAAGGAUAGUGUGACUCCAACGUUUGCUGCUGCGGCACUAUUCAUAAAUAAUGCUAGAUGGGAUGGAGUUCCCUUUCUUAUGAAAGCUGGGAAAGCUUUGCACACAAAACGAGCUGAGAUUAGGGUACAGUUCCGACAUGUUCCUGGAAAUCUCUACAAGGGGAGUUUUGGCACAGAUCUUGAUAGGGCCACUAAUGAGCUUGUGAUACGUGUGCAACCGGAUGAAGCUAUUUACCUAAAGAUUAACAACAAGAUUCCUGGUCUUGGUAUGCGACUAGAUAGGAGUAACUUGAAUCUCCAUUAUGCAGCAAGGUACUCAAAGGAGAUACCGGAUGCUUAUGAGAGACUGUUGCUUGAUGCCAUCGAAGGAGAGCGCAGGCUUUUCAUCCGCUCGGAUGAGUUGGAUGCUGCAUGGUCACUCUUCACACCCCUCCUGAAGGAGUUAGAAGAGAAGCGGAUAGCUCCUGAGCUCUACCCUUAUGGAAGCCGUGGACCUGUCGGCGCCCACUAUCUUGCCGCGAAGUACAACGUAAGAUGGGGUGACUUGAGUGCGGAGCACUACAAGGCAUGA